CCGCACGGUUGAAGAGGAUACUAGCCUGCCCACAACUAGUCACCUCGCCGCCUCUCGACUUUUGGUGCAACGUCUCUCGAGCGGACACAUUCCCCAGGACAUCAUGGCUGUGUCGGGGUACUGUUGCGGGGUCUGGCAUCACUGCAAAGGGACGCAUUAUCGUCGAGUCCACCAGAAGUUUACGACGAUUACGUUUCUAUCGGAUGGGCAAGUAAUGGUUGUGAAGCGGAAUAAGAUGACCUCUCAAUUCAACUGUCCGCGGUGCCGGAAAUCGUUUUCGGAACCCUCCACUUUGCGGGUAAGGCAGCGCAUGAUGUCCGACGGGCUUGUUCUGACACGACGUUGUCGCGCUGUACCCCCGUUCAAUGCUCCUGGGCCUUUACAGCGUGGCACUGUUGUCUAUGCCUCAUGCCAUGUUGAGUGUUCGUAAUCCACGACGCGCUCAGUUUAACUGGUCAUUCUAGCAGAACACCUUCUGAGAGCAUGUCGUGGUAGAAAAAGGUUAUCCGGCUACCAUCAUGUCGCCCGUUCAUGCU